CGAUCAAUAAUGCCGACUAGAUAGAGAACCACGCUUGCCGGAUAACCGCAUCUCAAGAUGGCCUCCAAGGAGGAGGCAGUCAUCAACCUGAGCGAUCUUUUGUGGCGCUGACAGGCGACAUCAUCACGCACUACCUCUACGGCCAAGACACCGGAUGUCUGACCUCCAAGGAACAAUCUAUGACUGUUUGACGGACCCCGCCGUGCCUGUGGCGGAGCGAUCCCUCCCUCGAUUGCGCGAUGAAGGCUUUCUCUUGCUGGUUGGAGGUACUGAGACUACCGCUGCAACUCUGACGUUUGCUAUGUAUCAUUUGCUGCGUGACAAGGAGAUGUUCAUGAAGCUUCGGGAGGAGGUGAAGACAAUCGUCUCACAUUCCGAUGACAGAGUCCCUUGGCCUCAGGUCGAGCAGUUGCCCUACCUGAAGGCCGUGGUGAACACAUCGCUUCGACUAGGUCCGGUUGCCAUGUGUCCUCCGCGAGUGGCCCCCAACGAGACUUUGCAAUACAAAGGCUAUGCGAUACCUCCCGCUGGGAGCGCUUACCGAUGAGGCCCUGUACACGUAUCUUUACUCAACGCAAAUCCUCUAGACCCCGAUGAGCCCGAGUAGCUACUUUCUGCACCGCAAUUCUGAGAUCUUUCCAUAACCCGAGUCCUUCGAUCCGGAACGGUGGAUCGUUGC